ACCCCAUAUGUCACUUAUAUAUAGUCUCAUGCCCCUGUUUGACAUCUUCAUACUCUUCUCUACAACAAAGUCUUUACAUCACACAAAGAGUCGCGCUUUUUAUCUACAGUAGAGGAAAAAAUUCAACCCAUUAUAUUACCGCUUCCAGAAGAACAAAUAAUGAGGUUUCUUGAACUAUGUUUACUUGUAGCUAUCACAUCUGGUUCCAUGUCAACAAUUGCUAAUGCCAAAGGUGGCUUGUGGUCUAAUGCUCACGCCACCUUCUAUGGAGGUCAAGACGCUUCUGGUACAAUGGGAGGAGCUUGCGGGUAUGGAAAUCUGUAUAGUCAAGGAUAUGGUACAACCACAGCUGCACUAAGUACUGCUCUUUUCAACAAUGGUCUUGCCUGUGGAGCUUGUUUUGAAAUCAAGUGUUUUAAUGAUGCCAAAUGGUGCCUACCGGGAUCCAUCAUUGUAACAGCUACAAACUUCUGUCCACCAAAUAACGGCCUUCCGAAUAAUGCUGGAGGAUGGUGUAAUCCUCCCUUGCAACACUUUGAUUUAGCCCAGCCAACCUUUAAGCACAUUGCUCAAGAGAUUGCUGGGAUAAUACCGGUUCAAUACAGAAGAGUUGCUUGCAGGAAGAUUGGUGGAAUGAGAUUCACCAUAAACGGUCACUCAUUCUUCAAUCUAGUGCUCCUGACUAAUGUAGGUGGUGCAGGUGACGUCAUUUCCGUCUCUGUAAAGGGAUCCAAAUGCAGAACCUGGCAAGCAAUGUCACGUAAUUGGGGUCAGAACUGGCAGAGUAACACUUUCCUAAAUGGUCAAUCUUUAUCUUUCAAGGUCACCACAAGUGAUGGCAGAACCAUCAUUUCUAAUAAUGUUGCACCUCCUAACUGGUCAUUCGGUCAAACCUACACGGGAAGGCAGUUCUAGUUUAUCCAACCCAAACCUCCUGACUCGGUAUUUCAUUAAGAUUUUAGUGUUUAACUCUGUUGUAUGAUAGUGAUCAAGAUCUGAUUCCAUGGGCACUUUUUAAACGGCCCAGAUCAGGUUCCUCAACUAAAGUUCAAUAGUUUGAGGCUUGGAGUCUUUUUAGAUGGCUCCUCUUAAAAACAACACCAACAAGGGUUGGUCGUUGUUAUUAGUUGAUCAGUAACUGUGUGUAUUUUAUUUUGUAACCAUACUCAAAUAGUCAAAUGAGUCUGGUGUGAAGGAUUGCUUCUUUUAUGGUUUAAGCAUAUUCUUUUAAGGUU